AUGGAGAGCCAGCGGGAACCGAGUGCAAGAGGAAGCCCGUUGCCUAGACCCCAGACCUGGGAAUGGCCGGUGUCCGGUCUGGCAUCUUUAAACGUGCCCGUAUCCCCACCUCGAAAGCGACGGCGUCACAACCCUCGAACAGGUCUCCUUGCUUCUGGCAAAAGGUCAGCCCCUAGCCUUGCUGCCAUAGAGGCGGGCAAGGCCCACGUAGACAACCAUCUGGAGAUAUUCUCCUCUCGCCUUAUUGAGACAACACGGGAACCGGUUCCCUCUAUUCCUCGUCUCCCACACCGAGACUGGAUCGAGCUGUAUGUACGGAAUCAACAUCUAAAUGGGAGGCACUUUGUGGUUCAUCAACACGACCAUCCGAUUACCGGCCCCCAUUACGAUCUGCGUCUACAGUUUUCAGAUACUAGCUCGAUAAGCUUUGCGAUAAUGUACGGGCUACCGGGCAACGCGAAUAGUAGGAGACCGAAUAGAAACGCCAUAGAAACACGAGUUCAUAACCUGUGGGUAAGUGGAUUCGCGGAAUGCAUUCCAGUUUGCUGCGAUUGGCUCCAAACGAGGCAUAUUCUAAUCUUGCAGAACCAUUUGAUAGAGUCUGCUUCAACGAGUUCGGGAAGCCUUAUAAUAUGGGACACAGGAGAGUAUUCUAUACUUCCGUAUCAUGCGCCCAAAGAAGCAACCGAAACAGACUAUUCUCGUUCACAUUCCAGUGAUGCGUCUGAUAUCGACGGGAUGUCGGAGAGUGACAAGUUAAAGGAGGCGUUUCAACAGGACGCCGCUGACGCUUUUGUGAAGCGAAAAAUUCGGCUAAGGUUGCAUGGAACCCGCCUGCCACCAAAUUAUACCGUGACCCUACGUCUCACAUCUGACAACGAUAUCUCCUUACGGCCCAGAAGGCGGAGUAAAACACGAAAGAGAAGAAGGAACGUGGCGUGUUGUGGAAAAAGAUCUUCUGCGUCGUGUUCAUCUUCGCCUUCGACCAACCAAGACACCGGAGUAUCUAACCACAACACCCGUUUUGCACAUCAUUCCGAUGAAGAGGAUGAAACAAUUCGAGUGACGAAUGCUUAUCCUGGUGCAACUAACUCGAUCUCGUCGGUUCAUCAGAGACGAUGGUUUUUAUCACUUGAUCGCGUGAACUCUGGAUUCGAGCAUCGUUUCGAUUCUUCUGUCGGACGGUAUUCUUGGGUGCGGAAGACCGUUGAGGAGCAUGAUGGGGGGCGUCGGCUGUUAGGGUUCGAGCCGUUUACCGUUUAUGGGCCGGAAAUUGAGCGGAGUGUUGUUACAGGACGGUUGGGAGGUGAUGUCUUCCAAGAUGAAGGAGUGGAGAAUUUUGUCGGACGGAGCGGUUGGAGGCCGAUUCUAAUUUAG